GUGGACAGCGCGCGGAGCCGGUACUGGACCGUCUUUGAGCUCACCCGCCCGACGCCCCAUGCACCGCCACCCAGUGGGAUCUAUCCUGGAGGUCGCGGUGUUUUGGCCCGCGUCUGGAACCUGUGCCCAGCCAACAACUACUUCAACGCGCACUGCCACUCUUUCCAGGCCGGCUUCCAAGCGCUGCAUGCGAGCCUGAACACGGAGUACCGGGAUCAGCGUCCGAUGAUGGAGACCAUCCGUACCGAUGCGUUACACGGGGCUUUCGGUGAGGAACGAGCAAAUACUUCCAUUCCGGAGUUUAUGACGAGCUAUGAUCCAGAG